AAACCCUGUGCGGCAGGCAGCCAUCUUGGAUAGAUAGAUCAUUCUUGAGCCAGGAUAACCUGCAGACCUUAUCUGAGCAGCUCAAGACCACGUAGCUCAAAAUACUCCAUUCCUGAGCCACAAUGGCCACUGCACCGUACAACUACUCUUACAUUUUCAAAUACAUCAUUAUUGGGGACAUGGGGGUUGGGAAGUCAUGUUUGCUUCACCAGUUCACAGAAAAGAAAUUCAUGGCCGACUGCCCCCACACGAUUGGUGUGGAGUUUGGCACAAGAAUCAUCGAGGUGAGUGGUCAGAAGAUCAAGCUGCAGAUUUGGGACACGGCGGGACAAGAGCGCUUCAGGGCCGUCACCCGCUCGUACUACCGCGGAGCUGCCGGAGCGCUCAUGGUCUACGACAUCACCAGGAGAAGCACGUACAACCACCUCAGCAGCUGGCUGACUGAUGCUAGAAACCUCACCAACCCCAAUACUGUGAUCAUUCUCAUAGGAAACAAAGCGGAUUUGGAGGCUCAAAGAGACGUCACGUACGAGGAGGCAAAGCAGUUUGCCGAGGAGAACGGUCUGUUGUUUCUUGAAGCCAGCGCAAAGACAGGUGAAAACGUGGAGGACGCCUUCCUGGAAGCUGCUAAGAAGAUCUACCAGAACAUCCAAGAUGGCAGCCUGGACCUGAACGCCGCCGAGUCGGGGGUCCAGCACAAGCCGUCGGCCCCGCAGGGUGGGCGGCUAACCAGCGAACCACAGCCCCAGAGGGAAGGCUGUGGCUGCUAAUGACCAAGCAAAACCCCUUCACCCUCCUUUUUUUUCUCUCUCUCUCUCUCUCUCUCUCCCUGUGUCUUGUCUAUCCUGCCCGCCCUCCACCAAACCAAACCCCCAUUCACCCAUUCCUGUACUUUCAUCCACCGCCACUGCACCAGGAGUUGCAUGAGCAAAGGAAAGGGGGACAGAUAUUGACAUGGGCCAGACUGAGCCGGGCUGUGUGGACUACAUCUCCUCUCCUCUCCUCCUCUUCUCUGCCUAUGUAUCUUAUUCUGUUGCUUAUCCUGUCUCACUCCUUUCUAAAUUCUGUCAGUGUGUUGUCAUCCUAUAACGCCCCUUU